AUGGAUCUUUUCUUCACUUCGAAACAGAAGAACAACAACUCGACACCACAGUCUCAAUCCAUCCAACCAGAGGAGUUGUCUCUUCCAAUCCAAUGCGAGACCAACCCUAUUGGUGUAAAUGGAGUUGUGGUGUGUGAUGAUCAAACUUUUCCCUUAACUUCUGUUCAAUCCAUACAACCAGAGGAGUUGUCUCUUCCAAUCCAAUGCGAGACCAACCCUACAGGUGUAAAUGGAGUUGUGGUGUGUGAUGAUGAAACUUUUCCCUUAACUUCAGUCCAGUGUGAGAUCAACCCUUCUGGUCUGAAUGGAGUUGGGGUGUACGAUGAUCAAACUUGUCCCUUAACUCCAGUCCAGUGUGAGAACAGCCCUACGGAUCUGAAUGAAGUUGUGGUUCAUAAUGAUCAAACUUGCCCCAUAACUUCUGAUGGAAACCAUGAGUCUAGAGGUCCGAUCUCAUCUGCUGACAGCUCAGCUGGUGUGGGUGGACGACUGGCACAUCAGCAGAGCUUAGGAGAAAUCCAUCACCAGGGGGAGAACCCCGGGCUGACCACUGGUGGAAGGUCUUACAUGCCAGUGUAUGAAACCACUCAAGGAGUGAAUGACCCCCGGACCAACAGAGUCAUUGAGGAUGGCGGACAGCAUCUAUCUGCACAGUCAAUGCAAUCUCUGGCAAACUGGAUAGCUGAGGCUGUGGAACAGAUCCCACUGCCCAAGGCUGUGGGAUCUUUGGUGGCUGAAGCUGUGGGAUCCUGCAUGACUGGAGCUCUGACCGGCUAUUUGCCUGAGAUUUUGUGUGACCUCGUGGUUAAGGCUCUGAAGAGCCUGGUCACCUAUAGUGUGCAGACCUUGGUGGCUUUUCGGUGGUACAGGAGUCAUGGGCGUAGCAGAUACUGGCACACCAGCCUAGAGCGCCCCCUGGGGGCUGUCAGUGUGAACGUGUGAAAUUGCCGUAUAUAUUUUAAUAUAUAAGUUGCACCAGAGUAUAAGUCGCAGGACCAGCCAAACAAUGACAAAAAGUGCGACUUAUAGUCCGAAAAAUACGGUAGAAAUUACCUUUUCGGUCCACCUGCCACAAUGACUCAUAGAAUGUAAUUAUUGAAACUAAUGAAAUUAUUAACUGUUAAAAUAAUGACAUUCUUUCUAUAUAUUCAAAGUUAUUUUAUCACAAUUUGUUGGCACAAGUUAGUCUGAAUUGCCAAAGGUGGAGUGACACUGUUCUCCCCAUCUUUCAGCAUGCAUUCUGUUGCCAGUUGAUGAUGAGCCCUUAGCCAAACCUAACACAGAUUAAUACAGUAGUCCUGCAAUGAAUCAUGAAGGUUAUAAUAUUCUGUUUUUGUUAUUCAGAGAGCUGCUUCUAUCAUUAACCUACCCUCAAAGAUUUUAAUUAGCAGCACCUGACACUGAGCUCUCCUCUUCUGUCCACCUCAUCAUAAAUGCCUUGUGUUCUGUGUUGUGGUUUAACCUGAGGUGUUUCACAAGGUUUGUUGCAUUGCCACAACUCCUUACUGUUUUUCCACAAACAUCACAAACCGCUUCUUGGCUGUUUGUGGAGCUGAAAUAGCUCCACACAUGACUCCGUUUACGCUCUGCUAUUGUGUGCACAGACUGACACUGAGUGACUGUGUUAUGCUCUUACCCAGGCAGAAGAAAAAGUCGUUCCCACCAACUGCGUAUCAUUUAGACAAGAUUCUAAUAGUUUAAUUUCUUUCCACUGUGUUCCUGUUACUGAUAUACAUUACCUCAAAUGACUGAAUUAUCAAAAGUAUCGACAUUUUGAGUUGAGAAUCGAUUUUAGAACAUAAAGAUCUGGUAUCGGAGGUAUCAAUAUUUCUGUAUCAAGCCGCACAUCAGUAUUGCAUACCACUGUUUAGUCACAUCACUUGGCAUCUCAUAAAGGCUUAGUGGGUAAAUUAAGGUAUCAUGUUGUUGAUGCUACUAGAAAGCAGAAAGUUACAGGUUAUCCAGGUUUUUUAUGUCUUUAAGACAUGCCAUAAAUGUUCCAAUCUGUGUAAUAAAAUGUAAUGGCCAAUGGU